AAAUUCUUAGAAAACCCCCACAAGCCGAAAUGGUUACCAAAUGCAAAGACGGCAUUGAAGUUGAACAAUCCAUCACUAACACAAGCGCAGACAACAACAUAACCCUGCUCCAAACACAUCAAUUUCAAUAAUGUUUUCUUCUGCAAUUUCUCAGAAGCCCUUCCUUCAGUCCCUCGUCAUUGAUCGUUACGCUCAGAGCACAACUGCUGCAACCAGGUGGGAGUGCUUGGGGUUUAACAAGUCAGAAAAUUUCAGUACCAAGAGAGUGUUGCGUGCAGAGGGGUUCAAGUUGAAUUGCUUGGUUGAAAAUAGAGAGAUGGAAGUGGAGUCAUCAUCAUCAUCUUUGGUGGAUGAUGCUGCCAUGAGCUUAAGUGAAGAGGAUUUAGGGGAGCCUAGUAUUUCAACAAUGGUGAUGAAUUUCGAGAGUAAGUUUGAUCCUUUUGGAGCAAUUAGUACCCCGCUUUACCAAACGGCUACUUUUAAGCAGCCUUCUGCAAUAGAAAAUGGUCCCUAUGACUAUACCAGAAGUGGAAAUCCUACUCGUGAUGCUUUAGAAAGUUUACUAGCAAAGCUUGAUAAAGCAGAUAGAGCCCUGUGCUUCACCAGUGGAAUGGCUGCUUUGAGUGCUGUUGUUCGUCUUGUUGGAACUGGUGAGGAAAUUGUCACCGGAGAUGAUGUAUAUGGUGGCUCAGAUAGGUUGCUGUCUCAAGUAGUUCCAAGGACUGGAAUUGUGGUGAAACGGGUAAAUACAUGUGAUCUAGAUGAGGUUGCUGCUGCCAUUGGACUCAGGACUAAGCUUGUGUGGCUUGAGAGUCCAACCAAUCCUCGGCUUCAAAUUUCUGAUAUUCGAAAAAUAUCAGAGAUGGCUCAUUCACAUGGUGCUCUUGUGUUAGUGGACAAUAGUAUAAUGUCACCUGUGUUGUCUCGGCCAUUGGAACUUGGAGCAGAUAUUGUCAUGCACUCAGCUACAAAAUUUAUUGCUGGACAUAGUGACAUUAUGGCUGGUGUGCUUGCUGUGAAGGGUGAAAAGUUGGGAAAGGAAAUGUAUUUCUUGCAAAAUGCAGAGGGUUCAGGCUUAGCACCAUUUGACUGUUGGCUUUGUUUGCGAGGAAUCAAGACAAUGGCCCUGCGAAUUGAAAAGCAACAGGAUAACGCACAGAAGAUUGCAGAGUUCCUUGCCUCCCAUCCUCGAGUGAAGGAAGUGAAUUAUGCUGGCUUGCCUGGUCAUCCUGGUCGUGAUUUACACUAUUCUCAGGCAAAGGGUGCAGGAUCUGUGCUUAGCUUCUUGACUGGUUCAUUGGCACUUUCAAAGCAUAUUGUUGAAACUACCAAAUACUUCAGUAUAACCGUCAGCUUUGGGAGUGUGAAGUCCCUCAUUAGCAUGCCAUGCUUUAUGUCACAUGCAAGCAUACCUGCUGCAGUUCGCGAGGCCAGAGGUUUAACUGAAGAUCUUGUACGAAUAUCUGUGGGAAUUGAGGAUGUGAAUGAUCUCAUUGCUGAUCUUGGCAAUGCACUUAGAACUGGACCUCUUUAAUGUCUUCUCCACCCCCCCACCCAAAAAGAAAAAAAUUCAUCCUUAAGAAGUUGGAUUAGCAUGUUGAGGAUUUGGGAGCAUUGCUAUCCUGUCUUUGGAUUCUUGAGAGUGGAAACUUGAAGUGUUGCUUAUGUGCAUGUAAUAAAAUCAAUAUUUCCUGUAAUUUUGUUGUAACAAUUGUUAUCCUUACCUUGCAAUAUCAUGUCAUACAAAUUACUAUUGAAGAGUGGUGAAAAUAUUGCCAUACGAAGAUUAACAAGAGCCCAGUACCAAUUUGUUGCC